AUGGAAUCGUCACUUUCAAGCAGCGAAGCUAAGGCUAAGGGACCCUUAAAGGACGAAGAAAGAAGACUUCGUCUUAGCGAAGGCAUGUCGCAGAUGCGUUUGUUACGACCCGUGGAUAGAUUGCCGGAGCUACUUCAAAGUCAGGCAAGGAACAGGGUUCGCAACUUUGAGGGGGAGAUUCUUACGAAAGCACGAGUACGUUCCAAGGAUGACAGCGUCAAAGAAGCAAAUUUCGAUAUUGAUGAGGCACCAAUAACCGUGAACGCCGAUGUCUCACCGCCCCUUAAACCAGUCAAAGAAAGGAAGGAGAGAUGGAGGAUAAACAACAACGAUGAUUCCUCACUUAGUGAGGUUGUACGAGAGCUUGAGUCCACAGGGAAUUUCAAAUUACCGCUCGACGAGAAACAUAUUAGAAGUGUUUUAAAAAAGAACAAGAAGCUUAUGAAAGCCUUGGUGGAAACAUACAAACUGAAAACGACCACUGCUAUUCCCCUCUUGUCCACAACAAAUUCUGAAGACACUCUUGAUGCUUCAAAUACUACGAAAGAUAUCACAGACGAAGAUGGUACUGCAUCAGCAUUACCGGAUCUGUUAGAAUUUACCACAACUGGAGAGGAGCUGCUAGAGGUUGGAGAAUUGAAUACAACGACAAAUACAUCCAACUUUUCACCUAAAUCAACCACUGAAAGCAUAAAUCUUACAACCUCAAAGGAUCCCAGCUUUAGAAGAACCACGUUCACCGAAGCAUUCGUCGCCACUACCUCCAAUUCCACAACCUUGGAACCCAGACCUUCUUCCGAAGAUUUCCUUCCUGUCAAUUUAACGGAGAAUCCUCUGCACAAUACAUUAACACUAGAGGCUGAGAUCACACUAGACUAUGGGGAUAUUUCGAGAAGUGAGGGCUCAGCCCGAGAGGUAGAAGAUGAAGCGAAUGAAUCGUCAACUUUCACAACGUCAACGUCAACGACGACAUCAGAUACAUCGACUACGACAACGACUACAGUAACACCGCCUUAUUGGCCAAAAAAGGGUUACGUUCCGAACACUAGAAAGCAUGCUUCUGAAAUCACGUCCAAACUUUAUUUGACGCACGAAAUUGUGCAGGCUUUAUCCGCUGAACCAGUUCGUCGCUCACCGACACUAAGACUAGACUGUUUGGAAAAUCGACGCUGCUGCAAAAUCACACGAUCAGAAUGUUCUGAUGGUUCGGUGCCAAAAUAUAUAAAACGAUAUUAUAGGCCGCGAGGAUCGGAUGUAUGCGUACCGUAUCACUAUCCAAGAUGUUCGCAAGGUGAAGAAAUGGAAGAGCAACCCAUACAAUACGAACAGAACUGUCAAGAUUUGUGCUUUAAAGGGCCUGAUAAGCACAUUUCACCCCUUCUGACUUUGGCUGAUAAUUAA